UCUGACAGUUGGCGCCGCCAGGAGGGAGGGCGGGCGGCUCGAGUGGGCGCGGGCCGGGUGGGCCAGGCUCCAGGGAGCAGCAUCAGGGCCAGAGGGACAAUGGUCUCGGUGACUAUGGCUACUUCUGAGUGGAUCCAGUUCUUUAAGGAAGCUGGCAUACCUCCGGGACCUGCUGUCAAUUACGCUGUCAUGUUUGUGGACAAUAGGAUCCAGAAGAGCAUGCUGUUGGAUCUCAACAAGGAAAUCAUGAAUGAGCUGGGUGUGACUGUGGUGGGUGACAUCAUUGCCAUUCUUAAGCACGCCAAAGUUGUGCACCGCCAGGACAUGUGCAAAGCUGCCACUGAAUUGGUGCCCUGCAGUCCCAGCCCCCUCCCAGGCGAGAUUCGCCGUGGCACUUCUAGCGCUGCCUCCCGAAUGAUCACCAACAGCUUGAACCGUGACUCGCCCCCUGGCACUCCCCCUCGGCGUCCAGACACCAGCACCUCCAAGAUCUCAGUCACUGUGUCCAACAAGAUGGCAGCAAAAAGUGCUAAGGCUGCUGCAGCCCUGGCCCACCAGGAAGAGGAGAGCCUGGCUGUUCCCACUAAGCGGCGCCGGGUCACUGCCGAAAUGGAGGGGAAAUACAUCAUCAACAUGCCCAAAGGCACCACCCCCCGGACCCGCAAGAUCCUAGAGCAGCAGCAGGCGGCAAAAGGUCUCCAUAGGACAUCUGUGUUUGACCGCCUGGGUGCUGAGACCAAGGCAGACACAACGACAGGGAGUAAACCCACAGGAGUCUUCAGCCGCCUUGGGGCCACCCCAGAGAUGGAUGAGGAUUUGGCUUGGGACAGUGACAACGACAGCAGCAGCUCUGUCUUGCAGUAUGCUGGGGUCCUAAAGAAACUAGGACGGGGCUCAGCCAAGGCCAGUCCCCAGCCAACACUGACUGUCAAAGCCAAGGCCACAAGCUCGGCGACAACAACCACCACCCCAACAUUGCGGCGCUUGGCGCUUUCGUCACGCCCUCGACUCGAGAGGAAGCCAGAGGCCCUGUCCAAAGUCAGCAUCAUUCACAGACUGGGCAAGACUGCCCUUGUGCCUGAGGCCCAGGACAGCCAGGUCACAAGCACCAAGAGUAAGUCAUCAGCUGAGGUCAAGGUCACCAUUAAGAGAACUCUGGUGGGGCCCCGGGGGAGCAGCUCCAGUGAGGGCCUUGGUGCCCAGAUGGACCAUGCGGGCACCGUGAGCGUGUUCAAGAGACUGGGCCGUAGGACCUUUUAGCCCUCUGUGGGGCAGGUGCCCUGGCCCCUCUCCAGGCUCUUGGCUCCAUGAGAGCCUUCAUGAGGGCUCUUUCACCUGCCUGGCUGCUCCUUGGAUGCCACUGUUAUCUCCCUCAGGCAUUUGAGCCGGGCCCCAGCACUCUGGGGAGUCACCUUGUUUUUCCUGGUCUGGGAUGGUCAUGUGUUCUGGCCUGACCAACUCUGGGCCUUGCCCUUCUCCCAUGUCCGUUCUGAUUGUAGCCUUGGCAGAACCCACAUUUGCACCUCUCUAGUGCCAGGUGCCCUUUCCUCUCCUCCAUUCCCCAUUUCUGCCUCUCAGCAGCGUCUGCUGCCUUGAACCCAGCUUUUCAGCCUCCCUGGAGUGGGUGUCACCUGGAGGGGCUCCCCUCCCUACUGACUUCCCUCACUCCUCCGUGCCUCCCCAUUGCUUUAACUUCUCUGUCUCCCUCUCUUCACUCUGUUCAUUUCUCUUCUGUUUUCUGUCCCUGUGGCAAGGCCCGACUGUCCGCUGCGUCCUGCCUGACCCUCCUGCACUUCCGGCCUCUCAGCGGCCCCCACGUCGACGUUGGCGUCCAGCCCGUAGAGACUCUUAGUUGCCCUCCACUUCCAGGCCACAGGGGCCUCCUCAGACCUGGCUGCAGCCAGGUGGGCCACCUCCAUUUUCCUGCCCUGGGCAUCUUUUUCUCUGAAAGUCUGUGGUGGUGGUGGGCAAGGGUUGCCGGGAAGGAAGUCCCAUGCCAAGAGAGAAGAUGACUGUUUUAAUAUAUUUUUGUGACUUUCGAACGGUUUCCCUCCCCUCCUUCAGAGUGAGUCACUGGUCUGUUCACACAAGGCAUGAUGUGGGUGAGGGUGCUGACGGACGGCUGCACUGUCUCUCUGAAGGUCAAGCUCACUGCACACACAUGGGCCAUGUCUUAGCCACAGGUCCCGAGGCCAGGGGAGUCAUAGUCAUGUCACCAUUUAUUUAGGACACCUCCAGCCCCAGCAUACUGCUGUGGUAAUCACUUGCUCCACCUCCACCAUAGACUUCACUUGUCUGCCCUUUGGCGACCCUUCAAAUUGUGGGCUUAUUUGUGAGGCAAAGCAUUUCCAUCAAAGUGCUCACUCCCUCCUCACUGCUGCAUGUCCUCCUCCAAUUCCAGCAACUGGGGAGUCAGCAAGCAGGACAAACUUCAGUGAGUGAGGCAGCAGCCGAGUGAUGAUGCUAUCCAGAGAACUGGGCUGGGAGAAGGUGGCUACUCUAGGCCUUGGAGUGGGAAGCCCUUCAGAGGAGGUGAAAUGUAGGCUGAGUGGGAAUGAGAAGCGGCUUCUUGAAGUUCAAGAAGAGAGGGCACAGGCAAAAGAACAGCCAGGGACAAAGACUUGGAGGUGGGACCAGGAACACGAAAUCUGGUGUGGCUGAAGUGAGGCAUGUGCCUCAAGGUGAGGUGGUGGACAGGAACCAGAUGACCUGGGGCUUUGGACAUUAGGAAUGUGGGUAUUAGUCUGAGUGCAUUGGGGAGUUUUGGAGAGUUUGAAGCAAGGGAUGGUGAGCCAAAUUAG